AUGAAGCGUUAUUUGCAUACCCAAAGAGUAAAGCAUCCCUACAAGGCCGCAUCAAGCGACACUGUUCUCACCGGCGCUUAUCGCCGCGCGUGGCGCGUGCUGCAGGUGGUGGGCUGGGGCUACGACGAGUUCGGCGAGCUGACAGAGGAGCUGCGGAUGGCGUCGAUGCCCAUCGUGUCGGAGCAGACCUGCCUGCGCAGCUACCCGGAGUUCUACUCGCGCUUCAGCAACGAGCGCACCUUCUGCGCCGGCUACAAGAACGGGACGAGCGCGUGCAACGGCGACAGCGGCGGCGGGCUGGUGGUGGCGCGGGGCGCGGGCGCCGCCAAGACGUGGGUGCUGCGCGGGCUGGUGAGCGUGAGCGUGUCGCGCGACGACCACCGCGUCUGCAACACGCAGCACUACGUCGUCUUCACGGACCUCGCCAAGCACCGCGACUGGAUAGCCAACUACGUGCGAUGAGCCUGCGUCCUCAUCCUAAAUGGAACUCUCAUUCUCCCUGGUGCACGAGGUGCUUGUGUGGGUGUGUGCCUUGGUAUCCCUCACACGUGGGUGCACGGCAUUCAAAUACGAAGGCCAUUCUGUAAUUAAAGAGGCAAAUAUGUCUGGAGAAAAAAACAAUUUGUUGUGGCAAGUUUGGUAAUUUUUAAGUGGGCAUUACUGGGAUGAGGUGUGAUCAACGAAUUAAGAGUAUACUACAUAGAGUGGCUGGUCCUACGGUUUGAGCGCUCGUGGUGGACCCGCGAUGAACUAGGGCCGCCAUGUUGUUUGCAGUCAAAACAUGAAAGGUGCCUGAUGGUGGCGUGUUGUUUAUGUCAGAUCUUAUUUCUAUAUUGUUUUUUCGUUUACCUAUAUUUAAAUUAUAUUAAUUGAUAGAAUAAUAAUAAUCACAAUGCCUUCAUUAUAUUCGGCAUAUAACUGUAAAAGUAGAAAACACCAAACCACAAAUAUAUCAUUUUUCAUAUUUGCGUCCACAUUUGUGAUGUUUGCUUCUUAUUGCAAUAACAUUCAUUGUCAGGCCUUCUGGUAUCUACAAUAAAAUUUCAGCAGCUUCCUCACUUAUAACAAUAACCGAUGCAGGAAUCAACGUGUUUUUAAUUUUUUUUAAUUCGUUCUCCUUACAUAUUGAUUUCGUUUCUAAAUGAUUGGUUUUUGAUCGUGAAACACAGAGUAAGACGUUUGAUAUUACGCGCCGCCCGCACCCAACCGGGUUUAACCAGCGCCUAACGGAAUACUCCUUUUCUCCAGAGGGCGCUGCUUUGACUGCAAAACGAAUGGCUUUAAUUGAUUGCAAAGAUGGAGGCACUUUGUGUACUAUGUUUUCAGUCAAUCUGUGUACUAUGUUCUAACUCGUUGGCUCCGAUCAUCUGGAGGAUCAGCCUUGUUCUGCUCCUAAACUCAAAAUUAAGUUAAACGGUGGCGAGUCGACUUGAAAAGCUCACAUUGGUUGAAUAACGAUCUACGAUUUGUUUUUUAGUUGCUAAAAGUAAAAAAAAAAACAGAGCUCAAAUAUACUCUAGAAUGGCUAAAGUGUAUGGUGAAAGUUAGAUGAACCGCUUAAAUUUUUAUACGUUGGUAGAACAGUUCAAAUUGACUGACGAACAUCUUUAUGGCCGCAUCAGCGGCAAAAAUCAGGGCAAUUGAAGGCGUUUGGGUAUGCUAUACGUGCGUUUAUUUGUGAUUAUCUCGAUGAUGCUUUUGAACAAGGCAAAGCGAGCCACGAGAGAAGAACGUCGUGAAUCUCAGACGAAAGGUGAAAUUCUGCAGCAGAACAACGCAAGUCCUCACACUGCUCAACAAAGCCGUGAAACUAUCGACAAAAUGGGUUGGGAAGUACUGCUUUAUUUCCCUCACAGUCCCGAUUUAUCACCAUCUGAUUUCAAUUUGUUUUGUCCGCUGAAGGAGGCAUUACAGGGGAAGAAGUUCCGGGAUAACGAGAAAGUCAAAACAUUUGUGGGAAAUUGGUUUAAACACCAAAAUAGAGUUAUCUUUAGCCGGUACAAAAAAUCUUGUAAUUCGUUGGGGAUAAUGUAUAAAUAUUGGUGGGUAUCAUAUUGAAAAGUAGGAAAAGCCCUGUUUUGUAAAAAUAUACGUUUAUUUCUCCAGAUCAAUUUCCCUCUUUAAUUAUUAAAUGCCCCUCGUAGAUUAUCCUAAAUGCACCUAUAAUUCUCCUUAUUGCAUUCUCUGCUUGUGUGUGUGAGUGCGUGCGCGCGUGUGUGUAAAUGAAUGUGGAUUUGAGAGAGCGUUUGCAUAAUGUGGAAUGUUUUUUUAAGAUAAUUCAAUUGUAAUGUAGAAUCCUUUUUGCAUCUCCUCUUUAAAAUGAUUGCUGCCAGCAAGAGAUAGUUUCUACUUCGGCGUUUCUUUUGACAUCCCAAUCGAGAAUGAUUUUAAAGAAAAGGAUUUGUAAAAGGUCAAAUAUUUAAGAAUGUAUAUAA